AUGGCCACCGAGAUGCUACCACGAUUUCUACUGCCCCGGCUAAGCUGGAACGCACCACUCACUGCCUCCCGCGCAACUCGGCCCUUUGCCGCCCUGCGAGCAGCCAGCACCGCUCCGCCAUGGCAGAGCUCCCUGACAAGCUUCAACGGCGAAUCGUCGCCUCGACGUCCAUCGCCGGCCAAGCCCAGCCCAGUCCUUUCUCGUCUUUUCCACGCGACCGCCCAGCGACAGCGGGACCACCACUUCGACACGCUCAAAUUCGUGAAGCGGUUACAAGGGGAGGGCUUCACAGAAGAGCAGUCGGUCGCCAUGAUGAAAAUGCUCAACGAUGUCAUUGAAGAAAGCGCCGGCAGCAUCCAAAACUUGACCCGCACAAUGGUCCUCCGCGAAGACGCCGCCAAGGCAACGUACACCCAGAAAGUCGACUUUGCCAAGCUCCGCUCCGAGCUCCUCUCUGCGGACAGCACCGAGACCAACACCACGCGCAGCUCCCACGAGCGUCUCACAAACGACAUUGCCAAGCUGAGCAGCCGGCUGCGCGACGAAAUUUCGCGGACGCAGGCCAGCGUUCGGCUCGACUUGAACUUGGAGAAGGGCCGCAUCCGCGAGGAAGCCGUGGGCCAGGAGCUCAAGAUCAAGGAGACGGAGACCAAGAUCGAGCAGGAGGUGGCGGCCUUGAGGGAGAAGCUGGAGCAGGUCAAGUUUCAGACGCUGCAGUGGCUGAUGGGUGUUUGUACGGGUUUCGCCGCGCUGAUGCUGGGUGCCUGGAGACUGCUCAUGUAG